UGUUUAUAUUAAACAUUAAAGCGGAGGGAUGCAGUAAUUGUAUUACGGUGCAACUCUCGAAGAAAAAAGUAGAAUAAUUAUUUAACCGUAAUUGUAAAUAUGGCUGGGUUUGUAGCAGUUCAUACUGGAGCUGGAAAUUGCAUAGAUGAAACCAAAUAUCAGCGUGUUAUAAAGGAAGCAUGCGUACGCGCAACGGAUAUACUAAAGAAUGGGGGUACCGCGAUGGAUGCGUGUGAAGCGGCAAUAAUGCGUCUUGAAAACUGCGGUAAUACGAAUGCCGGAUUUGGUUCUAACCUUUGUUGGGAUGGUCGUGUGCAAUGCGAUGCAUCUAUAAUGGAUGGUUCAAAUUUACAUUUUGGCGCCUGCACAAACGUGAGUACUGUACGAAAUCCCAUACAUCUGGCUCGUUUACUAUGCGAUGGACAGUCUACUAUGCUGUCAAUGGAGCGUAUCCCGCCAAUGAUAAUGGCUGGCAGUGGUGCUGAAAGAUAUGCCGAAGAACUAGGCUGUACAAUGAUAGAUGCCAGUGCCAUGAUUUCUUCCAAGGCAAAGUUUUCCUAUAACCAUUAUAAAUCCAAAGUAGCGGUAGCGACAUCUGCAACAGAAGGACAUACUAGCACAAGCAAUGGUCUAUCUCUAUCACCAGUUGUCACGGCUCAAACCAGUGCUCUUGACACGGUGGGAGCAGUAUGUGUAGAUAGUAGCGGUAAUACAGCUGCUGGUUGUAGCUCCGGUGGACUAUUGCUGAAAGUGCCUGGGCGCGUCGGACAAGCUGCCACAUAUGGAGCUGGUUGCUGGGCUACCAACACCAAUGAGUUGUCCGUGGCCACUUGCACAACCGGAAAUGGGGAAUAUUUAAUGAAAACUUUGUUGGCAAAAGAGAUUUGUGGAGAUUUACUGACAACUGAUUGUGCCGUAACGAGCUUGCAUAAAAUCUUCAAAUGUAAAUUUUUAGAAUCACCGUUCCUACCUGCCGAUCAAGAACUGUAUGCGGGAGCACUCUCGCUCAUCUAUUAUCCACAAUGUAAUACCGGUGAAGUGUUAUGGAGUCAUACAACGAAAUCUUUCUGUGUAGGCUACAUGUCCACACAACAGAAAGCGCCGAAGUUUAUAUAUUCACCACUGCCAACGUACAGUAUGCCAGGCAGAUCGUGUGUGGUCAACGGGCAUAAUUUCCAUUUACGUGUCUAGUCACCGCCGCCGACGCAGCCGGCAUUAAAGAUGACAGCAUUUAUUGUGAGUGCUGGCGUUGCAUGCAUUAAACAUUCUUUAUUUUCGUAUUUUAUGGGGUAACUACAAAUUUGUUUGUACAAAAUAUUACAGUUCGAAAAAGCCAACAAAAAUGUAUAUUUACAUACAUUUAUGUGUAAAUAAGGGGGAAAAAAGCACAAUUGUGAUUAAGAAUUUUCAUUUAGAAGUCAUUUUUAUUCAUAAAUUGUGUGUUUAUUGUUUGUAAAAUUUGCACUAAAUUAAAAGGCGAUUUAUAAAAAGUAGAUACAUAUGAAAAUAUAUAAUAUAUAUAGCACAUUUAAUAAAUAUAUCAUGUGCAUAUAUAAUUAUAAUCAUAAUCAUUUUAACAAAAAAUAAAUAAAUUUUUGUAUUUAAUUGUGAGGAAUUGCUUUAUUUUGCCAAAGCGAAUACUAACCGGAUCAUCGAUCAUAUUAAUGUAGAUAAUUUUAGUUUACAAUUUAUUCUUUAAGUGUGUACAUAAUACUCGUAAUGUCUGUGUCUAUUAUGUGAGAUAAAGGCAAAUAUGGUAUUUUGAAUGCUGGCAAAUAUACAUGCAUACUAUUAUAUUGUAGUAUUAGACGUAUUUAUUUUUCUAUAAAUUAAAAGAUGUGUGCAUUUAUGGUUACCAAAUGAAUUAUUUUAUAAUUAACUAAUCUCUUAAGCAUAUAAUAAACUAAUGCUAUGUAGUUUUUUCGUUGUAGUGUACGUUUGGAAGAGCUUUUACAUAUUUUGAAUUUAUUUUUUAAAAUUGCUUUUCAAAUUCCAUAAUGUUUAUGCAGUAAAAAUAUUUAUGUGCGCAUUUAGCUAGUUUGUAUGAUAAUGCAAAUACAACUAUGACAAUCAGGUUAGUUUAAAAAUGCUUGUGUCACAGCUUAAGUUUUCGCUAUGUGGUAAGAAAAUAUAAAUAUAUUGAAAUACAUAUUCGGAUAUGAAA